CUAAAACAACAUCUCUGCAGGUCUUCAGGGAGGCAGAGCCUUCUUCAGUGCUGUCCGAGAGGGCGAUCUGGUGGUAUUCGCCAGCAAUGAUGAACAGGACCGUGCUCUUUGGGUCCAGGCCAUGUACCGUGCCACAGGCCAAUCUUAUAAACCAGUAGCGCCUGCCCAGAACCAGCAGAACUGCAUAGGAGGGAAUGUGCAAAAAGAUGCCCCUGUGUCCUUACUCAGUCUGGAGAAGACUCAGAGACAGGGAGUGGAGGAGCUCAUCUCUGCCAUGCCCUGCAACUUCAGCCACGCCAGCUUGUUCAUCACCCUGCAGAAACACACACUCGUACACCGCAUGAACGACUCCUUUUCCUGCCUGGGUUGGUUCAGCCCAGGCCAGGUGUUUGUUCUGGAUGAGUACUGCGCUCGAUAUGGGGUGAGGGGCUGUCAUCGUCACCUCUGCUACCUGAAAGACCUGAUGGAUUUUACAGAUAACAACAUCCUGGUGGACCCGACCCUCCUACACUACAGCUAUGCCUUCUGUGCCUCACAUGUCCACGGAAACAGACCGGACGGUAUGGGCACAGUGACAGAACAGGAGAUGGAGGAGUUUGAGGAGAUCAGGAGCAGACUGCUGACUUUACUGGAGAAGCAGAUCACACAUUUCAG